AUGCAUUCAAAGCUUGUUCCUUUCUGAAAGAGGGCAAAAGUUAAAGAAACACAGGAAGAUAUCAUAUGAUGAAAUAAGAAAAAGGCGAGGAGCUAAGCUAUUCAUAAUAAAUGGGAAGUUGAAGGAUUACAAAUUUAUUAAAAGAUAACAUCGUUGAAACUUCCAUGAAUCUUCCUCUCCACUCGUCUCUUCUUAUGUAUUUACUCGUUUUUGGACUCUUUUAUGCGGUUCUGUGUCAUCGUUGAAUAUUCCUCUCCACUCGUCUCUUCUGAUCUCUUUACUCGUCUUUGGAUUCUUUUGUGUGGUUUUGCUUGUUAUUUCUCUCUUUGCUGAAAUCAUUUGUGAUCCUGUUCUUCUGUUUCUUGAGUGCUUUCUCUAUUCAUGGCUUCUUCUUCUCUCUUAUGGAAGCAUGAUAUCUUCCCGAGCUUCCGUGGAGAAGACGUGCGCAAAAACUUUCUUAGUCACUUACUGGUAAAGCUCGAAAGCAAAGGAAUCAGUCCUUUUAUUGAUAAUAACAUUGAGCGAGGCCAGUCUAUCGCUCCCGAGCUCGUCCAAGCGAUCAAAGAAUCAAGGGUUGCUGUUUUCUUGCUAUCCCCUAACUACGCUUCUUCCAUAUGGUGUUUGGAUGAAUUGGUGGAAAUCAUGAAUUGCAGAGAAAGGGAGCAACAAACAGUAAUAACUAUUUUCUAUGGAGUGGAUCCAUCUGAUGUUGGGAAGCAGACUGGAGCUUUCGGAGAGGCCUUUAACAAAACCUCUGAGGAAAGAACAGAAGGUGUGAAGGAGGCAUGGAAGAAAGCUUUGGUGGAUGUCGGCAAAAUAGCUGGUUAUGACUCUAGCAGAUGGUUCGUUCACUUUUACUCCCCACUAACCAAUUCUUUCUUGAUAUCAGAGGAAGUACUGAGAUGUCUUCUCUCCCUGGCUCUGAUUAUAGAUUUCAGUUGGAUUAUCUGUAUGAAUUUUAUAAGCUUGCUCGGGGAGUUACUGAACUUGCUGGUCGUCUUCCUCUGGCCCUGAGAGUCUUGGGAUCGUAUCUACGAGGAAUGUCCAGGGACGAGUGGAUAAGUACACUACCAAGGCUCAAGUCUAGCCUUGACGAAGGAAUUGAAUCAAUUCUAAUGUUUGGCUACAACGGCUUAAGUGAUGAUAAAGAUAGAGAUCUCUUUCUGUAUAUUGCAUGUUUCUUUGUUCAUUUCGGGGUUGAUCGCGUUAAACGUUGUCUUGAAGAUUGUGAUUUGGAUGUCGACCACGGACUUCAUAACUUAGAGCAGAAAAGUCUCAUAUCCCCAGGAUACGGAUACGUAAAGAUGCACACAUUACUGCAACAAAUGGGUAGAGAUAUUGUUAAGAAAAAGGCGAAGGAGAUUGGAGAGCGACAGUUCUUGAUGGAUACCGAGGAUAUUUCUGAUUUAUUUGAAGACGAAGAUACUGGGACUGGAAAUGUUAUAGGCAUAAAGGUAGAAGCAAGGAGAGAGGAUAUCCAAAUGAGUAAAAGUGCCUUCCAACGGAUGAAGAAUCUCCAGUUUCUACUAGUCGACUCUAGUAACUGGCAAGUUUCUUGUCGAACUUAUCAUGAUAGACAGCAAACUUGAGAAUGGAAUCAAACCUCUCCAGCGCCUCAAGCGGAUGGUUUUGAGUAAGUCUCAGUAUCUGAAAGAGAUCCCAGAUCUCUCAAAAGCCACGAGUGUAACACCCCGAACCAUCCUAGAGAUAUAGUUGAUCAACCGGCCAACAAUCAAACAAGAACAUGACCGAUCGACCGUCCAACACCCAGGGUUAGAGAUGAAUGAGUCAACCGGCCAGCCAACAAUCAAACAAGAACAUGACUGACCGUCCAACCCAACACCAUGGUCCGGAAGCGCUACGUGAUGGGUAGAGACGAUCCAGUCAAGUCACAAAAAUUACUCCACGACUUAGACCAGUUCAUCCACUAACUCGUCCCGCUAAUCAAGGCGAAGGUUUUUCAACCCGUACCUAGAGUUAGCGUUUUCCGUUAGAUCGAGGCCUAAGGCUUUUCAACCCGUACCAUGACCUAACGUUGUGUUAGACCGGACUAGUCAAAUAUCAGAGUACUCAUGAAGCGCAUAUAAAACAAUUACUUUUAUUGAUUCGAGAAAUAUCCAUACAUUGAUAUAAUUUGAGAGCGGUCCCGGCCUAAUGCCAAAUCGAGUACUAAACACAAAUCCACAAUACCGUUAACAAAAGGCAUGAAAAUCUACUCCGGCGGUCCUAACGUCCAGUACCCAGCUAUCCGAUCAUCCUUACCUAAAGCGACCUGCAAAACGGACAACGGAGUUGGAUGAGUAACCUAAUGUUACUCAGUGAAUUAUGAUCCCCAACUAACAAAUACAACCCCUCGCUAUCCCACCCCAAACAAUCUAAAGCGAGAGGUUCACCUAACAACAAAUCAGUCCAAUUCAAUAAAUAAGCAUUCUCAGAAAUACGCAACAGAUAAUAAUAGCAAGAUAAUUAACGAUAUGAAAUCAUAACCGCUAAUGACUUGCUAACCACUUCAACUCAAACUCAAAUCAAUCUAGGGUUCAACAACCCUCUACACCCUCUACACUAUAACUAGGGCCCUUUGUGACUUAGUGUUCCUCCUCUAUCCUCGGCAAUAUCCUAUCUCCCUACCACAAAGGCCAGAAGAAGGAACUUUCAACCAAACACGGCCCACAGUACGUUUGGGUCACUGUCCGUCACUACCCCAUCGUGCAACCACUCAGCCAUAGGUCAUGACCCCAUCUCUCUGAGUGUUCUCGAUCCAGCGAAUAAGGGGUUUCCUUAAACCCGCUAGGUACGAGGUCGAGGAAACACUAAUCCAUCUCAAACAUGCCUAGCAUUGUGGGUUACACAAAUGCUAUAUGGCCAA